CAGCUAGCUAGGUCUUCUGUGCAUAGAGAAUGGCAUCAUUACCAUUAUCAUCAUUGGACAAGUACAGAUCUCACUUGAAUGGAGAGGAAGAGCAGAACACACAGUGGAGGUUUGGUGCUCCUCCCAACUAUGACACUGUGAACAAGCUCUUUGAGGAAGGCAGAACAAAGGUAUGGCCUGCUGGUUCACUUGAAGAGAGAGUUCAGAACCUUGUGAAAAGCUGGGAAAUGGAAAUAUUCCACAAGACAAGUUUUGAUGAUAAUAAAACACUUGAUCCCAACAAGUACACAGUCAGCCUCAAUGGAAGGAAAGCUAUAACACUGGAAGAGAAAAGGAAGCUGGGGGGAGGCUACAAUUCACUGCUCCAAACCUCUCUGCCGGAGAAGUUCAGGUGCUAUAACCCGGCUGAGGAAACAGAGGAUUCUUCACACAUAGCAUUCACAACAGCUUUUCCUCGGGGCUUUGCCCUCGAGGUUGUUCAGGUGUAUUCGGGGCCACCGGUGAUUGUUUACAAGUUCAGGCACUGGGGCUUCAUGGAGGGACCUUUCAAAGGGCAUGCCCCAACGGGGGAAAUGGUAGAGCUUUAUGGAAUGGCCAUUUUUGAGUUGGAUGAACAAUCGAAUAAGAUCGUGAAAAUCGAGUUCUUUUAUGAUCGCGGAGAGUUGCUGGGAGGACUUACUAAGGGUGAAGCGUCCGAUGACUCCACGAAAGAGGUUCCUUCAAGCUGCCCCAUACUGAAGAACACAGGGUAGUUAGUUCUGGACAUGGAACUGCAAAACUUAUUACAACAAUUACAGUCGGUGAAUGUAAUUUAAGCUUUUGGCAAUGAUUCUCAGAUCCAGUUUCAUCUAAUAAUUAAGCCAAUGAACCUUCUUGUUCUUA